AUGUCGAAGCGCCCAGUGCUCCCUGCGAUGCCGCGGAUCCUGUACGGGACCGCGUGGAAAGGCACACGCACGAGCGACCUUGUAUAUGAGGCAUUCGUACAGGGGUUCCGGGGUGUGGAUACGGCCGCCCAGCGCAAGCACUACCGUGAGGACCUCGUCGGCGCAGGGCUCGCGCGUGCGUGCCGCGAGCUCCAGCUGCAGCGCGAGGACGUUUGGAUCCAGACCAAGUACGUCGUGCUACUUACCAGAUUCACGCCCCUGAGCGGCCAGGACACCAGUGGGCCACUGCCAUACGACCCGGCUGCGAGCGUCGCGGACCAGGUGUGCCCGAGCUUCGUGAGCAGCCUCGCCCACCUGCACCCUGGUGCGCAGGUGCCAGACGUGCGGGCCCUGCUCGCGCGGUACGCCGUGCGCGCGAACCCCGGCGCCACGCACGCCGAGGCGCCACGGCAGGCCGUGUACCUCGACAGCUACCUGCUGCACUCGCCGCUGCCGACGCUCCAAGGCACGCUCGAGGCGUGGCUCGUCAUGGAGGCGCUCGUGGAUGCGGGCCUCGUGCGGCACAUUGGCCUCAGCAACGUGUAUGACCCCAGCAUAUUUGCGCUGCUGUUUGAGCGCGCGCGCAUUAAGCCCUAUGUACUGCAGAACCGGUGGCAUAGCUCGACGGGCCACGACGUGUCGUUGCUCGGGCUCCUUUCGCCAGUGCUCUCGCCGAACGCGUUUCCGCCCCCGGCCGAUGUGCUCGAGGCGCAGCCGCGGGGCGUCACGUACCAACCGUUCUGGACGCUGACCGGCAACCAGCGCUUCCUCCAGUCGGACGCCGUCGCCGUCGUAUCGUCGCAGCGUGGCCUGACGCCCGCACAGGUCGUCUACGCGUUCGUGAGUCAGGGCAUGGGCCUCCCCGGCCUCACGACAUGUGUGCUGAGCGGCACCACAGAUCCACAGCACAUGCGCGAAGCCGUCGACGCCGUGCGUGUGGCCGAGAUAGACCCCUGGGACGACGCAGAGCUGGCCUCGCUGCGUCGCGAGGUGGAGGAGUCUCCCAUCUCCAUGUUGGUGCCGCCGCCCAAUUUUGGCAUGGUCGAAGAGAGCCUGUACCGCUCCGGGCAGCCGGACCAGCUGAACUUUCCGUUCCUCGAGAAGCUGGGCCUAAGGAGCGUCAUCUGGCUCGCGCCCGAGGAGCCGGACGUGGGCUUGUACGUGCACGCUACUCACCACAGCCAGCACUUUUGUGCGGACCAGAACAUUGAGAUGCACCACCUCGGUGUGCUGUACAGCACGAAUGCGUGGGAUCCAAUUACCGAGGAGAUUGUGCUGCAGGCCCUGCACCUGCUUGUGCGGCCAUCGACGUACCCGUGCCUUGUGAUGUGCAACCUCGGGCGGCACCGCACCGGCACGGUCAUCGGGUGCCUGCGCAAGCUGCAGCACUGGAACCUAAGUGCGAUCCUGGAGGAGUACCGCAGGUACGCGGGCCCCAAGGUGCGCGUCAUGAAUGAGCAGUUCAUCGAGCUGUUCGACGAGGAGCUCGUGUUUGGAGAGAACCAGGCUGAAUAG